CAUCAGUUGAACUGGCAAAUUGUGAGGUUUUACAAGAGGGAUAACAGGUACCAGUCCACGUGAAAAACCAGAAUGCUGCGGCGACCGUCUGUCCGGUUGUGCUUCUCGAGACUUUUAAACCUGGUUCAAAAGCAGAUUGAAAAUGCUCAGAGUCAGCGUGAUUGUUCUUCGGUCAGUUUUAAUCCAGAUGAAGACAGCUCAGGAAAUGCCAGCCACCCCACUGGCAUCUCAGCAGCUGAACUGGCUGAACAGAAACAGGCAGAGCUCAUCAGUGGCUUCAGGAAUGUCAUGAGGACCGUUCCAUCUCCAGUGGUGGUUGUGACUUCAGCCCAGUAUGUAGACUCGGAGUGCUGCAUCAAGCGUGGAGUCACAUGUAGCUCCUUUACCAGCGUCUCCAUGCGCCCACCGGUCAUAUCAUUCUGUAUCACGCGGCCGAGUCGAAUGCAUGCCCUCUUGAAGGACACAAGACAUUUUGCCGUCAAUGUGCUUGCUAAAGAUCAGGUUCACUAUGGCGUUCAUUUCUCCAAGCCAGCCCAAAAUGGAGAGGAUCAGUUCAAUGCAGUGCCUCACAAACUAGGCUUCUCAGGUGUGCCCCUUAUUGAGGGUGCAGCCGCUGUGCUACAGUGCCAGGCUCAUGACACCCACCUGAUUGGUGACCAUCACGUCUGGUAUGGUGAGGUGCUAGACACCAGUAUGGACACGGGUACCGAGGCACGACAACCCCUGCUGUAUUUUGCCAGCUCCUUCCGAUCCAUUGGUGACGAAGCAUUCAUGAAGGCCUUUGAGGACACAACAUUGCUGUUCGAGGACUGGUCCCACGAGGCUCACCUACGCAUGGCUUGGAACUACAUCAAGAUGCACGGCAAAGAGAAUGCCAAACCUUUGAUCAGAAAUGGCAUAAAGAAGUACAAUGCACAGCACAAAGACCAGGUGAAAAGAGGUUACCACGAAACAGUAACCAUGCUCUUCAUCCAUCUUGUAGCUGAUGCAAUCAAUCAGUGCGAGGAUAUGGAUGUAACAUUUGAGGAGUUUAUAACUCAUCACAGCCAUCUGACGGACUCAAAUCUCAUAUCUCAGUACUACUCAAAGGAACUCAUUAGCUCACCCUCGGCAAGACUGAGGUUUGAGCUGCCUGAUCUACAAGACUUACCAGGAUUGAACAGAUAAUCCAGAUGAUACCCCCUCC